AUCACUGGGAGAGGCUCCGCCCUUCCCACCUCAGAGCCAUGGGGAGUCAGAGGCCUCACAGGCUGCCCCUGGUGCAGGCUCCAUACACGGUCCUGCUGCUGCCACUGGAAACAAGCCGCCAGGAUCCAGCAGCCUGCAGCUUCUUCCUUUGGUUGCAGAGGAUGCAGGCUCUGGAGCGGCGGCAGGAUGCCCUGUGGCAGGGGCUGCAGCUGCUGGAACGUGGCCGUGCCUGGUUUGAAGACAGCCUGAGGGAGGCUCAGCAAGAGCAACUGCACCUGGGGGCUCUUGGUGAGGAUUUUCUCACACAUUCAAACUCAGAGUCUGAUGGUUCCCACUUAGUCCAGAUUCAAACAGUCAACACCUGUUUGCAGACCCUUAUCCAGGAGAAGUUGUUCUCACGUCCAUUGACCAAGGCUGGUUCCUGUGCUGCCGGGCACUGGAAGGACAGGCCGAGGACACAGAACUCGUGGCAGCCACAGGUAAAGUGAGGGGUGUGCCGGGAGGC